AGAGCCGCCCGCCCGCCCGCCCGCCCGUGCCAGCCAGCGGUGCCCUCCCGGAGCCAUGCCCGCGGCCCUCGGCUGCUCUGGGGCGGGGGGGCUGCGCGGGGGCGCCCGGGCGGGCAGCGGCGUGCGGUGGCCGGCGGCUGGCGCCAGGCUCCGGAGGCGCUGCGGCCGCGCUGGCGGGCGGGCUGUAGCGGCGCUGCCUCCCGCACCGUUUCUCGUCUAUGGCUCGGCUCCCGCCCCGCUAGACCAUGCCCAGGAACUUCCGCGAGCGGCUCCUCUCGGUGUGUCUCUGCUUCGGGGUCCUCUACGUCAAGCUGGGAGCUUUGUCGUCUGUAGUGGCUUUAGGAGCAAACAUCAUUUGCAACAAAAUCCCGGGGUUGGCCCCUCGGCAACGAGCGAUCUGCCAGAGCCGUCCUGAUGCCAUCAUAGUGAUUGGGGAAGGGGCCCAGAUGGGCAUCAAUGAAUGCCAGUUCCAGUUCCGAUAUGGCCGGUGGAACUGCUCGGCACUGGGAGAGAAAACCGUCUUCGGACAAGAGCUUCGAGUAGGAAGCAGAGAAGCUGCUUUCACCUACGCCAUCACUGCGGCUGGAGUUGCGCACGCCGUCACUGCUGCCUGCAGCCAGGGGAACUUAAGCAACUGUGGCUGCGACCGAGAGAAACAAGGUUACUACAACCAAGAGGAAGGGUGGAAAUGGGGAGGCUGCUCCGCUGAUAUCAGAUACGGCAUCGAAUUCUCCAGGAGGUUUGUUGAUGCCCGAGAAAUCCGAAAGAGUGCUCGGAGGCUGAUGAACCUACACAACAAUGAGGCCGGAAGAAAGGUACUUGAAGAGAGAAUGAAACUGGAAUGUAAAUGCCAUGGAGUUUCUGGUUCCUGUACAACCAAGACUUGUUGGACCACACUUCCUAAAUUCAGAGAGAUCGGCUACAUCCUGAAAGAAAAGUACAAUGCCGCUGUGCAAGUAGAAGUGGUCCGGGCAAGCAGGCUCCGGCAACCCACCUUUCUAAAGAUCAAGCAGAUCAGAAGUUACCAGAAGCCCAUGGAAACAGAUCUGGUCUAUAUUGAUAAGUCACCCAAUUACUGCGAGGAAGAUGCUUCUACCGGGAGUGUCGGCACACAGGGAAGGCUUUGCAAUCGUACCUCCUUGAGUGCUGACGGGUGUGACAUGAUGUGCUGUGGGAGGGGUUACAAUACCCACCAGUACACCAAAGUCUGGCAGUGUAACUGCAAGUUCCACUGGUGCUGCUUUGUGAAAUGCAACACAUGUAGCGAGCGGACAGAGGUGUUCACCUGCAAAUAGCAGCAGAGGUUCCCAGGGAGGAAAGGAGACAACCACUACAUGCAAGGAAAAGUCGAGUGGAACAAAAAAGCACGGCAUCAUUUUGCACAUUAAAUUUUCUUUGGGAGAGGGGGGGACACCCAUCUCUGCCCACUUACUUUGUUGCUUCCACUUCUAAGAGUGAUGUGUCUCUUGCUGGCUAACUUCUUUGCCUGCACUGGACAGUGGGGUACCUCCUGGAACAGUUAGAGUGACUUUGUUCAACCCUCACUGCAUUGGGCAGUGGGGUACCUCCUGGGACAGUUACAGUGACUUUGUUCAACUUUCUUCCCAAACUGUGGUCUAGGUGGUGUUGAAUUUUGCUCUUAGAUUAAUUUAUACUUAUUGAAGACACUGGCUCCAGGAUGUUGUUUUCAGAUUUAUAACAAUUUUUUAAAAGGAGUGAAAGAAGACUUUUCAUGGACAGACUAGAAUCAAAGCAGUGUUGCUUAAACUUUUAUUUCUGUUUUUUUUUAAAAGCAGGUACAAAAGGCAGCCAGUGAGACAAAGAAAUACAAUGGAGGGGGGGGGGCAAGAGGACUCGGUUGUGAAACAAAGGUAAGCAAAUUCUGAUGGCUGCCAGGACACUGGAACCUUUUGAAUGGACUUCUUAAAAAAGAUUAUUUUAUUUAUGUUUUAAUAGUAUCAAAACAAAUUCUCUAAGCACUAACGGGUAGCUAUGUCUUUAUUCUGUACUAAAUGUAAACUUAUUGGAACUUGCUGGGUUUUUUUGUUUGUUUUUGGUUCUCCCCAGGGCUUCUCAGUGCUACUGAUUUCAUGGCACUCCGUUACUGAAAAAGAGUCCUAUUGUUGUUCUCCUCAAGCACAGCCCAGGACAGGAGAGGAACAAUGUGAUGGCCAUCAUGGACCAGAGGCGUUCCACGUGCAGAUUUCCCUAGGCCCGGCUAGAGAUCAGCAGCAACCUUCCUCUGCACACUGGCAAAGUUGAGUUUCCCAACCUAGUAAAGAGUCCAGUAGCACCUUUAAGACUAACCAACUUGUUGUAGCAUAAGCUUUCGAGAACCACAGCUCUCUUCAUCAGAUGCAUCGUCAGAUGCGCUACAAUAAGUUGGUUAGUCUUAAAGGUGCUACUGGACCCUUUACUAUUUUGCAACUACAGACUAACACAGCUAACUCCUCUGGAUCUUUCCCAACCUGUGGGUCAGGACCCAGAAGUGGGUCAUGAAGGCUCUGAAAGUGGGUGGGAGGCCAGCUUCUAACGGCUUCGCCUGCCCUUUUCACCCUCCCCUCUCUCUCCUCUCUCUCCUCUCCCACUUCUCACAUUCUUGGUUUGCUCUCCUCUUUUGCAAAAAUGAGGGGAGGAAAGCUGUCUGGCAACUAGUAGUUAUGAUAGGAGGCGGAAAAAGGGAGGGAAAGGCUGGAAAGUGGGAGCUGUUCAGAGUAUGGACAAGUGAGAGGAGGAAAGUGGCGUGUGUGAGUGCAAGCUCUGUCUUGGCACUGCUCCUUAGCAGACAACCUCUUGCCCAGCCCCUUGCAGUGCCUUACUGCCCUCUACCUGCUAUGGGAGAUGUACUGCACUGAGCCACUUGCCACACACCUCUUUGCCAACAUCUGCCGUCUUCCUUUGUCUCCCCAACUUGACUCCCCCUCCCCCAUGACUUCUCAGUCUCUUAGGCCAGCCUGGGAUGGGUGACCAUAUGAAGUAAAUUAGGACUUGGUAUGGGUCACCAUACCAAAAAGGUCAGGAACCAACAGGGCUUUUUUUCAGCUGGAAUGUGGUGGAAUGGA